AACUCUUCUAAUCAAUGCUCGCUUAAUAUUUUUAAUAAGCAUAAAGAUUCCAGCCAAAGUUGCAAACUAGUUUGCUCUUCUGAAAACGGAUAGCACGGUUUUAGCCCAUCCCAAUAAAUACGGUCGUAGCUUAAAUAGUCAUAAAUGGAUGAUUCCCAUAAUUUCCAUCUUCCUUGUGUUAUCAACAGGGCUGAUCACUAGAAGGAAGUAGACGACUCAUUGAUGCUCAAAUCGAAGUGUGCAACAUCUUACCUAGAUAGACGAAAUUUACUAAAUUUAAUGCUGAAGCAAUUAAAGUUUCGAACCAGCUCUGAGGCAUGAAUAUUUAGAAGAUGGCAUACUGAAUAUUUAGCGUACAUAAUGAAUCAAAAUUUGAACUAGGAAAAUAAACACAGAAUCAC